UUAUAAUUUUGUUAUUUUUUAUUAUAUUAAUAUUAUUAUUAGUUAUAUUUAUAACUAAACAUUUACAAUUACAGUAGAGUCUCACUUAUCCAACAUAAACAGGCCGGCAAAAUGUUGGAUAAGCGAAUAUGUUGGAUAAUAAGGAGAGAUUAAGAAAAAGCCUAUUAAACAUCAAAAUAGGUUAUGAUUUUACAAAUUAUGCACCAAAACAUCAUGUUAGACAUCAAAUUUAACAGAAAAAGUAGUUCAAUACACAGUAAUGCUAUGUAGUAAUUACUGUAUUUAUGAAUUUAUCACCAAAAUAUCACGAUGUUUUGAAAACAUUGACUACAAAAAUGCGUUGGAUAAUCCAGAACGUUGGAUAAGUGAGUGUUGGAUAAGUGAGACUCUACUGUAGUUCAAUCGGCGAGAAAGUAAACAAUCCUGGUGUGUUGUUUACUCUCACCUUGCCAAUCCAAACAAACAAACGAGUCAGAGUCCUCAUUGCUUAGUAACUUCGUGUUUUCCCGUAUCGAACACUUAUAUGUAUCUUUGCGGAAAUACUACAGGUGCGAUUUCACAGAAACCACGAUGGAGAAAAGACAACGACCCCGUGGAAGGCGAGACCACAUUACAAUGUCGGUGGUAACAUCCCGUUCGGAGUUGGACGAGAUUCGGGAGGACAGACCAGAAGAAACGUGGGUAACCACUUUCCCCGACGUUCCGGAAAAGUUCCGGAAAACCAUCGUGGUUGACUUGAGACCCAUCUUGGAGAAGGUCAUGGAGGAGCAGGACAAGGGAACGGAGAUGGAUGAAGACCUCGGAGAUGUUGGAGAACGUCCCGACGGCACCGUGAAUGGAUCCAACAACAGAGGUCUCAACGGCACAAUGUUUGGAUCCAACGGUGGAGGAUAUCUUGAUGGAACAACACUUGGAGUCCAUGGUGGAGAACAUCUCGAUGGAACAAUGCUUGGAUUUAAUGGUGGAGAACAUCUUGAUGGAACAAUGCUUGGAUUUAAUGGUGGAGAACAUCUCAACGGCAUGAUGCUUGGAUCUAGUGGUGGAGAACAUCUCAAUGGCACAAUGUUUGGAUCCAACAACAGAGGACAACUCGAUAGAACAAUGCUUGGAUCUCAUGGUGAGCGUCUUGAUGGCUCAAUGUUUGGAUCCAAUGGUGAAGAACAUCUCAAUGGUAUGAUGCUUGGAUCCAAUCAUGGAGAACAUCUCAACAGAUCAAUGUUUGGAUCCAACAACAGAGGACAACUCAACAGCACAAUGCUUGGAUCUCAUGGUGAGCAUCUUGAUGGUUCAAUGUUAGGAUUCAAUGGUGGAGAACAUCUCAACGGCUCAAUGCUUGGAUUUAAUGGUGGAGAACAUCUCAACAGCAUGACGCUUGGAUCCAAUGGUGAAGGACAUCUCAAUGGCAUGAUGCUUGGUUCCAACGGUGAAGAACAUAAUGACAUGAUACUUGAAUCCCAUGGUGGAGAACAUCUCAACGGCAUGAUGCUUGGAUUCAACGGUGGAGAACAUCUUGACUGCAUGAUGCUUGGAUCCAAUCGUGGAGAAGAUCUCAAUGGUAUGAUGCUUGGAUUUAAUGGUGGAGAACAUCUCCAUGGAACAAUGUUUGGAUUCAAUGGUGGAGAACAUCUCAACGGCAUGAUGCUUGGACCCAACAGUGGAGAACAUCUCAACGGCACAAUGCUUCGACUCAACGGUGGAGGACGACUCAACAGAACAAUGCUCGGAUCCCAUGGUGAACGUCUUGACAGCUCAACGUUUGGAUCCAACAGUGAAGAACAUCUCAACGGCAUGAUGCUUGGAUUGGAUGGUGGAGAACAUCUCAACAGCACAAUGCUUGGACCCAAUGGUGGUCAACGUCUUGGCAAUGACACUCAACGUCUUGAUGGAACCAUGCUUGGACCCAACGGUGGAGAACAUCUUCAUAAGGAAGAAAUUCCGCCAACUUCCAGAGCUGAAGACCCCUUGAAACCUUUCAAGACCACGAAGGAAAGCCAACCGAGGAAGAGGGAGUCAGCGGAGCUUCGGAAAACCACCGUGAUGUCCGUGGUGACGCUGGAACGGAAGCUCAGCCCUCCACCGUUCCUCCCCAAGAUCGCUCCGAAGCCGGAGAUAGACGUCACGACCGCGGCAACUCCUCCGGAAUUCGAACUCCCCACCCGGCUCCUCUUGCAGAGACUGGAGGAGACCACGACCAGCGAGAACCACGUUCUCAUCGCGGAGACAUUGAGUCUGUUGCGGGUGGUCAGGGAGAAACCGAUUCGUUUUCCCGAUAUUCCGCGGAUCCAGCCCAGGACGAGACACGUCAAUAAAUUCCCUUGGACGCACUACCACGCUCUCCACGGAAAACUAGAACUCCCAGACCUCUGAAUUCCUCCCAAAGCUCUCCUCUGGAAUCCUAGAGCUCCCAUCAUCCC